GAAAGAUGGCGGACAAAGAGAAGAAGAAAAAGGAAAGCAUUCUAGACCUCUCCAAAUACAUAGACAAGACAAUUCGAGUAAAGUUUCAGGGUGGAAGAGAAGCAAGUGGAGUGCUGAAAGGGUUUGAUCCAUUGCUGAAUCUUGUACUGGAUGGCACAAUAGAAUACAUGAGAGAUCCAGAUGACCAGUAUAAAUUAACAGAGGACACACGGCAGUUGGGGCUGGUAGUCUGCAGAGGAACAUCUGUAGUACUGAUUUGUCCGCAGGAUGGCAUGGAAGCAAUCCCUAACCCUUUUGUUCAGCAACAAGAGGGUUAAUGAACAACAAAGUUUCUUCUCCUAUAUUUCUUUGGUAGAAAGAACAGCUUCAAGUUGAAGAUUAUGGAAAUACUGAGUUUGUUUAUUUUAUAUUUAAACAAAUUUGUUUUUUUAAGGCAGAGAGAUGCUAUUUUAGUGGAGCAAGCAUAUUCCAAAUACACUGAUUUCUGUUGGA